AUGUGGCCCAAUGACAGUGCCAAUUUCUUCCUGUUGACUGGCUUUCCAGGCCUAGAGGCUGCUCAUCGCUGGAUUUCUACACCCUUCUUUUUUGUCUACAUGGCUGUCUUCUUUGGCAACGGGACCCUCCUCCUCCUCAUUAAGGAAGACCGCAGUCUGCAUGAGCCUAUGUACUACUUCCUGGCCAUGCUGGCAGCCACAGACCUAGGACUGACCCUGACCACACUGCCCACAGUGCUGGGAAUCCUCUGGCUAAAUCACAGGGAGAUUGAGCACACAGCCUGCUUUUCUCAAGCCUACCUUAUACACUCUCUUUCCUUUGUAGAGUCUGGUGUUCUGCUUGCUAUGUCCUAUGAUCGUUUUAUUGCCAUCCGCAAACCCCUAAGGUACACCUCUAUACUCACGAAUGCUCGAGUGGUGAAAAUUGGGUUGGGUGUGGUGAUGAGGGGAUUUGUCUCUGUGGUGCCACCGAUAUUGGUCCUCUAUUUUUUCCCAUACUGUCAUUCCCAAAUUCUUUCUCAUGCCUUCUGCCUCCACCAGGAUGUCAUCAAAUUGGCCUGUGCUGACAUCACCUUCAAUCGACUCUAUCCAGUUGUACUUGUUGGUCUUAUAUUUGUGCUGGAUUCCCUGAUCAUCCUCAUCUCCUAUGUGUUGAUACUUAAGAGUGUCCUGAGCAUUGCCUCCAGAGAGAGGGCCAAGGCCCUAAACACCUGUGUUUCCCAUAUCUGCUGCGUCCUGGUUUUCUAUGUCACAGUGAUUGGUUUGUCCCUGAUCCAUCGGUUUGGAAAGCAUGUUCCCCAUAUUGUCCACCUCAUUAUGAGCUAUGUUUACUUCCUCUUCCCUCCAUUAAUGAAUCCUAUAAUCUAUAGCAUUAAGACUAAGCAGAUACGGAGUGGUAUUCUUCGCCUUUUUGCUGCCCGUAGAGUUGGAACCUGA